GAGUGGUAAAAAAGAAAUGCAACGGGAUCAGAGUCCUUCCUCCGAGUGAGCUGGAGAGCGAGAGAGAGAGAGGAGGGGACGUAACCACACCAACCUCGCACUCGAUAGGGGAGCAGAGGGGAGGAGGGGGCUCCGCUGCUACCGCCGUAUAAAAAGCCAAGCCUGAGAAUCCGGCACCACAAACUCACCACACACACACACACACACACACACACACACACACACAGACACACAGACACAUGCACACACACACACAGAUGCAGUGACGGCUCUGUAUCUCUCCCACUCUCAUCAUCCCUCUCUCUCCCUCUCUCUCUCCCUCUCUCUCCCUCCCUCCCUCUGUCUCUCACUCCAUUCCCCUGGGCUCUGCAUCCUUCUUGCUUCUUCUUCUCACAAGUCAGACUGUGUUUGUAAGUACAGGCUGAAUGUCUCCCCGCGUAUGCCUGGGCUUCCUCGAGUCCCUCUGUAUGUGUGAGUGACUGGUUGCCUAGUUAAGUGUGACUGAGCGGAGCAGUGAGGUGUAUCAAGUGUAUGUGGGUCUCUGUCUCACCCUCACACACUCGCUGCUCCUCCUGCAACUCUCCUCGGGAUCUCCGGGUCCCUUUCCUCGGCGACGGGCUCCCCACACAAAGCAGUCACCAUUUCCGCCCCAGGGAGACCCACGCUGGCAGCGCAGCCCCUUCCCCGACUCAGCAUCGGGAGGAAGACCCUGGUGGCGGCUGCCGUGGGGGUUAUGCUGGUCCUGGUGCUGGUGGUCCUCAUCCCCGUCCUCGUCAGCUCUGUGGGCACAGACGCCAGCCACUAUGAGAUGCUGGGCACCUGUCGCAUGGUGUGCGACCCCUACCUGAACAAGGGCACGCCGGCCAGCAGCACCAGCUCCACCGGUCUCCAGGCGGAGGCAGAGGCGCUGAGCGACCACAGCAACGUGCUUCCACCCUCCACCUUACUGCAGGGCCCGCAGGGGAAGCCUGGCAGGCCAGGCAAGCCCGGACCACCGGGACCACCCGGAGAACCGGGACCGCCAGGACCAGCCGGGCCUCCCGGUGACAGAGGGGAUCAGGGCAGGACUGGGAUUUUGGGUCUGGGGGGAAAUGGAGCUAUCAGCACAGCCACCUACAGCACGGUGCCUCGGGUGGCCUUCUAUGCAGGGCUUAAGAACCCCCACGAAGGCUAUGAGAUACUCAAGUUUGACGACGUGGUCACCAACCUGGGCAACAACUACGAUGGCAUUUCGGGCAAGUUCAUCUGCAGCAUCCCGGGCACAUACUUCUUCAUCUACCAUGUGCUGAUGAGAGGAGGGGAUGGCACCAGCAUGUGGGCAGACCUCUGCAAGAACGGCCAGGUCCGUGCCAGCGCCAUCGCCCAAGACGCUGACCAGAACUAUGACUAUGCCUCCAACAGCGUCAUCCUCCAUCUGGACGCAGGCGACGAGGUCUAUAUCAAACUGGACGGAGGCAAAGCCCAUGGAGGGAACAAUAACAAGUAUAGCACCUUCUCCGGCUUCAUCCUCUACGCAGACUGAGAGCAGACGGACACAGAGACAGUCAAACAGGGAAGAGAUCCAGAGAAAGAGUUGUACGACAAAGGGGGGUGGGGGAAGAGUGGGUGUGUGUUAACAGCCAGAAUCCUAGUUUUCCUUAUUCUCUCCAUCAUCACGGACACCUCUGCUUCGUAUCCAUCAGCCAAGACACCCAGGCUCUGUAGCCGAGCCUGAAUGUAAAGCUUCCGAGGACACACCAAGAGGCGCCGGUGCGGGCGGCGUGCCAAGAGCCGGACGUGGGUCAGGGAAGUGGGCUGGUUCUCCUGUGCUCCUCGACAUAGUGCCGACGUGUCAGAACCUCCACGCUUUCAGUGUCUCUCCUCCUCAGCCCCGCUCCAUUGCACAGAAAUAUCAAGGACAAAAAAACAAAAACGAAAAACACCCUGCAAAAGUGGAUGAUCUCACCUCUUCUUUCCACAGUGGCAACGGUCAGCGGACUCAAACUGACUGAAACGUGUAGUGUUGUUCCGUGUAAUUUCCCCUUAGAUUGUGUUUUUAUUUUGUAGACAUGCAUAGUACUCUACACAGAUGAGAUUUAAAAAAAAAAAAAAAGAAAGAAUAUAUUUGUCCAGUGUGAAGAUAUCCUGUUUGACUGAGAGAGUGGAUUCGUGAGAUGUUACUUGUGAUGCAGCUCAGAGAUGUAACAGCUGGAAAAAGAAAUCUUUGAAUCAAGACCGUCAGUAUUUCACGGCAGUGGGUGUUUGUCUCCAUCAGUGGCUAUAGCAAGGUAAUUAUAUAUAUUGUUCAUGUGGAGAAUAACAAUAUAUUGUGCACUCUACCUUCUAAUGUAUCUGACAAAGGAAGCCUCUCGUAUAGACAAUAGCCUUUUCCAUAAAGCCACCUCACCCUUUUCACAAACACACAAUAUCCUGCUGCUGUUUGGAUUAAAAAGUAGAGUUCAAAUCGUCUCCUCGAUGUUCUAGUUGUAGUCAUGUUUAGGUGCUCUGCUCGGCACAACCGGCCCUGUGUGAUGAAGCAAAAUCUCAGUUCAGAUUCUGAGGUAAAACCAAGUUACGGAGCGGCCAUUCUUGCUUCCUCUCUGCUGUGCCGACCUCGGAGCCGUCGUUCUCUGUAAAAAGAAGAAAAAAAAAAGAAAGAAGAAAAAAUCUGGCUGAGAGAAAAAGGCACAAAGAGCCCGACGUGAGCAGGACAGUGGGGAGGUGGAGGAGGCAUUCAGGCACAGUAACAGUGAGUGGGCAAUUUCUUUCUUCCGUUUCGGUAUCUCUGAGCUUCACUGGAUGUCAUGUCAUCCAUUCAUUAGCUGCAUAUUCACUGACACAGGAAUUAUGGUAAUAUUUACUCAACAUGGCGACCUGACAACGUGCAAGAGAAUGAAACUGAUUUGCGUGAGUGACUCGGCCUAUUACGAUUGCACGUUUGUGUGCGUGCGUGCGUGCGUUUGUGUGCGUGCGCGCGCGUUUGCACGUGUGAGUGUGUGUAUCUGUGCGUGCCUGUGUGCGUCUGCAUUUUAGCAUGUGCCGUGCCAUCGCUACAUUGUUCUUUUCCCAGAGUUAUUCUGUGCUACAGCCAAUGACAGAUAUUUUACUCAGCAGCCAAUGAGAUUGUGCUCUGUAGGGUGGGCGGCUCUAUAGAUGAGGAUGAUGAUGAUGAGGAGGAGGAGGAGAACAAACAGCUUGUAAAUGAACUCUAUGACAUGUUUGUCUAUCUUAUCUUUUGGAAUUGUUGAAUACAUUUAAAUAAUAAAUGGGAUUUUUUUUGAGUGA